GUAUAUCAUGUUAAUGUAAUCACGAAACAGUUGUGUAUUUAACAGAUUUAUCCAGACAGAUCCCACAGAAAGGUACUACAGUUUUAGAUCUUAAGAAAGCAAUACGGCGAUCUUUUACACUAAAGCAACAGCGACAAAGAAAUAAAACGAAAAUUAGUUGGAAAUACGUAUGGAAAACAUUUUACCUUCAAAAUAUCCAGAAUGGGCAGGUCAUGAGAAAUGAUAAAAAGGAAGUAUCUGCAUAUGGAAUAUGUAAUAGAUCCCAAAUACGAUUUGUUAAACGAUUACGAAAGGAAGCUUCAAAAAGUGAGUCAUGCUGACUCAAUAUGCCAAGAAAAAUUGUAAAUUUAAAAUGGAGUCCACUUAUAGCCCUAGUUAUUAUCCCUUUAGCAGCUCUCGAAAGUGACAGAUAUCCCUGGCUCGACCAAAUUGCUAGGCAGGAGCAAGUAUUAGAAGGCUGUGAUAAUAUGGGUUUAAGAUUUAAAAUUAAAAACACAUUUAAUAUAAAUAAAUUAGAUCAUAUUUUAGUUGAUCAUAAUCAUAAACUACUAUAUUGCUACGUUCCAAAAGUUGCCUGUACCAAUUGGAAACGGGGGCAAAUUUAUCUUAGAUGGGUUACAAAUUUACAUAUUUACAUGGGCGAAGCAUACAGAAUAAAAAUGACCCCGGUGAUGAUGGUUCUAACUGGAGAAUCAAAUACCACAAAUCCAAUAAAAAUUUCAGCAAGUGCUGCACAUUUGGAUAAUUCAACGUUAAAACUAUCUCAGCUAAAUUUGCUGGAAGUAAAAGAAUGUCUUAGAGACUAUACAUUAUUUUUGGUUGCUAGACAUCCUUUUGAAAGAUUAUUGUCAGCUUACCGGAAUAAAUUUUUGGACAAUUCGCCGAACAACAAAUAUUUCAAACUUCGUUAUGGAAAACACAUUAUUGGAAAAUAUCGUCAACAUCCUUCAAAAGCGGAUUUGCAAACAGGCGCCAACGUAACAUUCCGGGAAUUCAUUCAAUACCUUAUCAAAGAAGGAGUUCGAACAAAUGAACAUUGGGCUCCUAUAUAUGACCUAUGUCUGCCAUGUACACUUAAUUAUACAUUUAUAAGCCACUACGAGACUAUUACUGAUGACUCCGCGACUAUCUUGAGAAUGGUUAAAGCGCCUAAUUUGUUAUUUCCUGUAACCAAAUCAAAAAGAACCAAGGAUAAUUUGAGGUUUUAUUUUCAACAAUUGUCCAUCUACGAGAUAGAAUUUCUCUAUAAAUUAUAUGAGGCUGAUUUUAAAUUGUUUGGGUAUGGUCUUGAAGAUAUAUUAGGUUAUGACCUAGCUUAAUUUUAUGAAUUUGGUUUUGAAACUACAUUAAGAAUUUAAAGUUCUUAAUUUUUGAUUUUUAUCGUUUUUCAGUAAACAUCGGAUAGAACCUUUUGGCAUUAUAAAUAUUUCAGUAACAUUCUAUUUUAUUAAAAUUCAAAAUAACGAAAUAAUCGCAAAAAAGGUGGUUCUUAGAGAUUUAUGAACAUGUAAUUAGUGAAAUUUUAUUUUAUAAUCUUUGGGGUUAGUUUAGGGAAUCUUAAAAAUUAUGAAAACGUACGAUUCAUUUGAGGCUGCAUGACGAAAAAUGAAAAUAUUGUUUUAUAUUGAAAGUUAAAUUUAGAAAAAAAAAAUAUCAAGAAUUUUUACCAGUGCGUUAUACCGCGAAAGUGUUUUGAAUGAUUUUGAUCUUUUGUUCCACCAAUCUUCUUAAUCUCAUACCAUUUCGAACAUCUAUACAAUAUAUUAAGUUGUUUCUCUUGCAUUAGUCAAAACUAAUGAUAGCCUGUCAAUACUAUCAUAUAUUGGGUUACCCUGUAGAGUAUUAAAUACUUAAAUGAAUUCCUUUAGUUGUUUUGGUAUUAUCUAUGUAUAAGGACAAUGUAAGUAGUUUACUAGCUGAUGGUUGAAGUUAAUAUGAGUAAAAAUUCAAACAUUAUUCGUAAUAUCAACUGUGUUCAAGCUAUUUGUGAUACAUUAUAAAUGUAGACGUAAAUUUUUAAGAAAAUAUAUUAGAAGUAAUUUACGCGAAAAUUUAACUAUUAAGAUAACAUUUCUAAUGACAUCGAAAUUUACGAUCAACAUUUUUUUUUCUAUAUAAAAAUGGAGAUAUUGUAGAUAAAAUAGUUAAAUGUACAAUAAUUACCAUCGCAUAUAUGGAUGCGAUUUACUUAAAAAUUGUGUAUAUGAGAAUUAUACAAAAGGCUUUAACAUUUAUAUUGAAUAUUUAACAUAUUUAAAACCUUGAGUACUAACAC